AUGCAACUCACUACCAUCCUCCCAAUCGUCCUGGCAGGCCUAGCCACCGCACGCCCGGCCGUCCUACAGACUCAGACAAUCACCGACGAUAUCAUCUGGAGCGUAUCCAACUUUACUAUUGGCUGUUCCCAAGGCGGUUGCGUCUACAGAUAUGACAUUGUCGGCCGCGAGAACGCAAUGACCCCCAAGUUCCGCACCCACUGCAGCGGCAUCACAGGCAAGAAGGUCGCUUGCGAUGACAAGAACAUCACGACCAUCGUCUCCCCUGCUGCAAACCCGGACUGGAAUGUCGAUAUAACCCAUACCUGGAGAUCUCGGCUCAGCGAUAGUACGCUCGCGACCUGGUUCCAACAUGGCGCGAAGAAUGUUACAGUUCCUGACCACAACCCGAUUCAGUUUGUUAUGAAGCCUACUCAGGAGUACGGUAUUGCCUAA